UAUGACAUGAGGAUGAGCAACUGUGAGAGAGAAAGACCCGAGAGAGGUGGGAGGGAGGCGGCCAGGCAGGAAUUUAACGCUUCGUCCAGAGCCCCGGGACGUGAAAACCUUACAAUGGGGAGCAAUGACUGACGACAGAACGGGUUCUCUGCGCCCCCGCUGUCUUAUUCCGCCUGGCACCCCUGUGAAGUCAUGGACUAGAACUCCGUCUGGUCCCGACAGUCCCACCACGGUCGUCUGAUGGCUUGUCAUCAAACCUCAGCAAAAAUACAGAAAAUGAGAACGUGAAGGCUGGCGUCCACCAAGGCCUCCGCUGCACCUUGGGCAGCGCACGCACAUGAUCACAUGACUCUGGACAUGGACGCGGUCCUGUCAGACUUUGUUCGGUCCACGGGGGCAGAACCGGGUCUGGCAAGAGACCUGCUGGAAGGUAAAAACUGGGACCUCAGUGCUGCUCUGAAUGAUUAUGAGGAGCUCAGGCAGGUCCACACUGCCAACCUACCGCAGGUCUUCAACGAGGGCCGUUAUUACAAACAGCCGGAGGCGCGUGACACACCAACCCCUGUCAGCAAGAUCGACAGGCCGUGUGUGCAGAAGCAGGACGACAAUGCACAAGAGAAGCGUCUGUCCCGGGGGAUCUCCCACGCCAGCUCCGCCAUUGUCUCCCUGGCGAGGCUGCAGGUGGCCAACGAGUGUACCAACGAGCAGUUCCCUCUCGAGAUGCCCAUCUACACAUUCCAGCUGCCGGACCUCAGCGUGUACAGCGAGGACUUCAGGACCUUCAUAGAGAGAGACCUGAUCGAGCAGUCCACCAUGAUGGCCCUGGAGCAGGCCGGUCGUCUGAACUGGUGGUCCACCAUGUGCACCAGCUGUAAGAAACUGCUUCCUUUGGCCACCACUGGAGAUGGAAACUGCCUCCUUCAUGCUGCUUCUUUAGGUAUGUGGGGCUUUCAUGACCGAGACCUGAUGCUGAGGAAGUCCCUGUACACCAUGAUGAAGAGUGGUGCUGAAAGAGACGCUCUGAAGAGGAGGUGGAGGUGGCAGCAAACCCAACAGAACAAAGAGUCCGGCCUGGUGUACACCGAAGAGGAGUGGGAGCGGGAGUGGAACGAGUUGCUGAAGUUGGCCUCCAGCGAGCCUCGCACGCACCUCAGCAAAAACAUCAAAGCGAAUGGAGGAGUGGAUAACUCGGAGGAUCCGGUCUAUGAGAGCCUGGAGGAGUUCCACGUGUUUGUGCUGGCCCACGUGCUCCGCAGGCCGAUUGUGGUGGUGGCCGACACAAUGCUCAGAGACUCGGGAGGAGAAGCGUUUGCUCCCAUCCCGUUUGGUGGCCUCUACUUGCCUCUGGAGGUGCCUCCCAGCCGCUGCCACUGCUCCCCGCUGGUGUUGGCUUACGAUCAGGCGCACUUCUCCGCCCUGGUGUCCAUGGAACAGAGGGACCAGCAGCGAGAGCAAGCUGUUAUCCCGCUCACGGACUCGGAGCACAAGCUGCUGGCCCUCCAUUUUGCCGUGGACCCCGGCAGGGACUGGGAGUGGGGCAGGGAUGACAACGAUAACACCAAGCUCGCCAAUCUUAUCUUAUCUCUGGAGGCCAAACUCAACCUGCUGCACAACUACAUGAAUGUAACAUGGAUUCGAAUUCCAUCAGAAACAAGGGCUCCCCUGGCUCAGCCUGAGUCCCCGACUGCGUCGGCGGGUGAAGACGUGCAGUCCCUGGCCGAGUCCAUAGACUCUGACCGUGAGUCCGUCGGCAGCAACUCCAACGUCAACACCGGAAAGUCCGGCAAGGACAAAGACAAGGAAAAGCAGCGCAAAGACAAAGACAAGAACAGGGCCGAUUCCGUAGCCAACAAGCUGGGCAGCUUCAGCAAAACCCUGGGGAUCAAGCUGAAGAAGAACAUGGGAGGCCUGGGGGGUCUCGUGCAUGGCAAAAUGAACAAAUCCAACUCUGGCUCGGGUCGAAGUGGUGAGAACGGCGCGGAAAAAGCCAAGAAGAAGGACUUGAAGGCGGCUAAAGGAAGCAAAGACGAGUCAGGACACUCGGCUAGUUCCACGUCCUCGGAGAAAGCCACGAGCCCCUCCCCUACGGACAGAGACAAACCCUCUAGCUCCUCCCCUACGGACAGAACGGACAGCACGGGGAGGGCCUCGGGGGACAAGAGCCUGGAAAACUGGAAAUACAGCACGGACGUCAAGCUGAGCCUCAACAUCCUGCGAGCCGCCAUGCAGGGCGAGCGCAAGUUCAUCUUCGCCGGCCUCCUCCUCACCAGCCACCGCCACCAGUUCCACGAGGAGAUGAUCAGCUACUACCUAACCAGCGCCCAGGAGCGCUUCAGCCAGGAGCAGGAACAGAAGCGGAAGGAGGCGGAGAAGAAGCCCCCGGCUCCGAGUGAGGCGCCGGCCAAGAAGGGCGAGCACGAAAGCGUCUUCCAGAGGGAGCGGUCGGACAGCUCUCCCCCGGAGAGCUACUCCCCGGCCCCGGCCCGCCAUACCUACGCCCCCCAGCCGGCGGCGGGGCUGAAGAUGCAAGGCAGGAACAGUCCCACUCCUCUCGUCUCCCACCCACCAACCCCGCCCGUAUCCUCCCGCCCCGUCCCCGCGCCUUACUCCUCCCCCAGUUUUGGUGCUAAGCGACCCGGGCCAGUCCCUGUGUCCGCCCACUACAGCCAUACCCCGCCCAUCCAGAGGCUCAGCGUCAUCCACCUCCAAGAUGUCAACGUCACGCCCUCCAUCUUCCAAGACCCCUACAAACCCGUGGUGGGCACCCUCAAAACCUGCGCCACCUACCCGCAGCAGAACCGCACGCUGUCCUCGCAGAGCUACAGCCCGGCUCGCCUGUCGGGGGUGCGCACCACCAACACCCCGGACUCCCUGCCCUACAACAUGCCCGCCGAACACAAGUCCCACACCUACACCAACGGCUUCGACGCCGGCGACAUUCACGACUGCCUGAAAUUUGCGGACGAGGACAACUCGUCGCACACGUGGCUCAACCAAGACAAAACCAAAGGGCGGAGCUCCGGGAGUCCCCUGUUCUGCUUUCAGCAGCGCCGCUGCAAGAGGGACAACUGCUCCUUCUACGGGAGGCCCGAAACGGACAACUACUGCUCCUACUGCUACAGGGAGGACGUGAGGCGCAGGGAGAGGGAAGGCAGGGUGCAGAGGCCCGCGUAGCCGCCGCCGCCGGUUUUGCAUCCACGACAACACAAGUCUGGAUGUCCGCCGACUUUGGCUUUCCCGUCGCUCCUCCUCCUCGUCUUCGUCUCCACGUGGACCCCCACGACAUGUUAGGACUGUAAGAUAUGAUUUUGUAUUUCCUUUCAGACUUUUACACGACUUUAAAUUAUUGAUUUGCACAUUAGGUACAGAUGUAUAUAUGAAAAAAGAAAAUAAUAGUUUAUUGUUACAAA